UAUCGUUUCUCAAUUUCCGACCCCCAAACAAAAAACAUAUAUAUAUAUACACACACACAACGCUGUCAUUUUUAUUUUCUAUGUCGGAAAAGAGAUUAUGUUGCGUCGUGAUGAGAAUGAACUUGGACUGCAAUGCUUGUUGCAGAAAAGCAGGGAGAAUCAUUCUCAAUAUGAAAGAAGUUGAGAGACACAUGAUAGAGAAAGAGGAUAGGAAGGUGAUAGUGUGCGGGAGAUUCCGGCCGUCGGAUGUGGCCAUAAAGCUGAGGAAAAAGAUGAAUCGUAGGGUCGAGAUUCUCCAUGUUCAAGGCUUCGGACACGAAGGAGGAGGAGAUGGAGGAGGAGGAGGAGGUGGCGGCGGUGGACAAGAAGAACACGAUCCACAUAAUUACGACAAUGCCAUGCAACACGACCACACUACCACUCCAUUGUUGUGUUAGUUUUUGUGUUAUGAUACGUAGAACAAAACAAAAAAAAGGCUUUUAUAUUAGAGAAAUUAAUAUAUUUGUUUAUGUGAGCAUUGUGCGUAAAUGAUUCAAGUAUUGUAUAUUAAUGGAUGAUAAUCAUGAUAUUUUAA